AUGGCAUCAGCAGCUGAUGUGGAUCUUCACACUUUCUCCCCUUCCCAUACCUCCAUCCCUCCACCCUCCCCCUCCAACCUUUCCGCUACCCACCCUACUUCCACCCUCCCCGCUUCCACUCACCCCUCUUCCUCUCACCAUGCUUCCACUCACCCCACUUCCACCACCUCCCACCGAUCCUUCCUCCGAUCAGCUGACGGAACCUUUGAGGCGUCUCAAAAGUCCGCCGGCCACCGAUCGUUCCUGAGAUCGGCUGACGGCACACAGGAGGCCAACCGUGCCGCUUCUGCUGUUGCUGCCGGCCUUGCUGCUGCUGCUGGCGCGGCUGCUGGUGCUGCUGCUGGUGUGGCUGGUGGUGUGGCUGGUGUGGCUGCUGGUGUGGCUGGUGGUGUGGCUGGCGCUGCUGCUGGUGUGGCUGGUGGUGGUGGUGGUGUUUCUAUUCGCUCUGAUGCUGCUGCUAGUGCCACUGGCUCUGCUUCUGGGCCAAGGGUUGUGAGGAUUAAGAAAGGAGGCAGGAGCAAGAGCAGCUCAGAGGGGUGUAGAGUGGUGAAGCUAGGUGAGGAGGGGGGAGAGGUGGGAGCUGGGUCAAGCCGAGGUGAUGCGAUAGGGUCGAGUGCGGUUGAAAUGGAAGGGGAAGUUCCCCUGGUGGUUUCGGGCAGAAGUAAAAGUGCGGUGUAUGGAAGGAGCUUAGAGAAAGGUGAGGAGGGGUCGCGGAGUGGGAGGCGCCGGGCAUCUGAAGUUCUCCAGGCUGCCCGGCGGGCAUCAAAACAUGCGAAUGCACUGAAGCAGGCCGAAAAAGGACCGCAGGCAGGAGGAGAAGCAGUAGCAGCAGAAGAAGGAGCAGGAGCAGGAGGAGCAGGAGGAGCAGGAGCAGGAGGAGAAACAAGGGUAAGGGAGCGACCUGGAGGAGAGGGAGUCAGGGAAGCAGCAGCAGAAGCAGGGGAUGGGCCUGUUGGUGGUGUAAAACAGCCGCCUAUGCAUUACUGGGUGCCUUUGAAAGGUGACGAUGAGGAGGAGGAGGAGGGGGGUGAGGGCGAGGGUGAGGAGGAGGAGGAGGACGAUGACAGGUUCCUUCUGAGUGCUCUCAAGGGGGAAGCUCCUCCUCCUUCUCCCCCUCACACCCCUCACCCCCCUCACCCCCCUCACCCCCCUCCCCCUCCUCACCCACCUCACCCUCCUCUCUCCCUGUCCACAAGGCUCGCACCCUUCCCUCCUCUCAAGCUUUAUCUGAGCUCAACCGGCGCAUAG